AUGCAGCCUUUUCCCGAUUUCGACUUCCUCCUCGAAGCUGAUGCUACGACGAUGGAUAACAUGGAUCAAGUCAAUCUUUCACCAGUGGAUGAUAUCAUACCUUCCCCAGUCAGUAUCGGCCUCGACUUUGACGGGGCCCAGUUAAUCGACGAUCUCAAGAGCUUUGAAUCCAUGGCGGAUAGUAUUUUGGAUCCGUUGUCCACCCACGAACCGAUCAGUCUAGCCAACGGCGACGAGAGUCCCAUAAAAGUACGACGAACAGUCCAUCGCAGCAGCGCCAGCUGCGAAUACAGCUCCCCGUCACCGCCAUCGUCUGUCUCAUCUCCACUCUCAAGACAUCAGAACAUCUCGUCCGAGGACAAUGUGAAGGACGCACUCGCCGCCUUGGAGAAGAAACUCUCACAGCCUACUUACACCACUGCCAAAGACAACGAGAAGCCCAAGAAGGAUGGCAAGCCAGAGUUUUCCUAUAUCGCCAUGAUCGCUAAAGCCAUACUGAGCACGCCACAGAAACGCAUGAUACUUGGGGACAUCUACCAGUUCGUCAUGGACAACUUCGCCUACUACAACAACAACGAGAGGGCCUGGAGGAACAGCAUCCGUCACAACCUGUCGCUGAACGAGUGUUUCAUCAAGAGUGGCCGCUGCGAGGGCGGCAAGGGCAACUACUGGGGCAUCCAUCCGACAUGCGUGGAGGAGUUUGCCAAGGGCGACUACAGCCGCAGACAAGCGAGAAAACGAGUCCGACGUGGAAUGAAAGCCAUGAUUAGCACAUUGCCUGUCGACAAGAAGGAGACGCUUCCAUACGUUCCGAUGGGUACCAGUCAUGUCGCCAGGAAAAACUACCACCCUUACGCCACGCCAUACUCCAGCUACAGGAAUACGAUGCAGUACACCAGUAAUCAGCAAACGCCAAACUACAUCAUGCCGCGGAAUGCGUCUACCAACGUUUCGCCUGCCAACAGUUUGUCGCCAACGAGUUACAGCAGUUUGUCACCUACCGGGUUGAACACCUCCUCUCCGACUGGUUUCAACUCUUCGUCGCCACCGAGUUUCAACGCGUCCAUGUCUCCUACGCCUCCGUCAUACAGCAGCGUGUCUCCGACAUCUUACAUUGCCGUCUCACCAACGAAUUACAGCGGUCUGAAUGUGGAUACUUCUUUUGGGACAAACGUCUAUACGUCAUCUUACGUAAACUCUUGUCAGAACGCUUUAUACGGAACGCAAAGAAACGAUUACUCAUAUCAGAUGCCCCAGAACAACCUACUGAUGACGUACAAUGCUCCACGAAUAAAUGCGAUGGGAAAUCCUUCCGACUACGCGACGAAUACCUCGCCAUGGAACGUCCAGAAUAACGCUUACGGUUCAAACAGGUAUUACCACGGUGGUAUGAACCCUGGACUCUUGUCUCAGACGAUGCCAGCUUCCAACUUUCCGGAAACUUUUCCGGCGUACUAA